CUUUUUUUCUUAUUCUUAAGGUGUUGGAGGACUCGAGACAAAUCCUGAUCUCGGCCAACAUGCAGCCUGACGACCCUUUCCCGAUGGACGAUAAGAUCAAAGAAGCGUACUCCCACGUGGUCGAGAACACGGCGUUUUUUGGCGACGUGGCGCUGCGUUUCCCCCGGAUCGUCCACCAUUACUACGACCGGAACGAGGACUGGGACGGGAUGCUGCGCUGGGGCCUGAACUUCUGCAACCAGUCGGGGGUCUUCACAGGAGGGGCCCACCAACAUGUCCUCACACUGAUGUCACAGGAGCUGGGAAUUACAGAGAAAUCCCCAGACUUUAUAAACCCGUAUCGCACAGAGAGAGACGAC